UAAUCGAUCGAAACUAUCUAUUUUUUCAAAAAAUUUAAUUCAUCCCUCGAAUAUCUAUAACCUUUAUUUUCAAAGAAUACAUAACAUAUAUAUACGUAUAUAUAUAUAUUUUUAUGAUAUCCGAAAAGAAAAAGAAACCCCCCACCGAAAAAAAAACUCUGACCGUUGUUUGCCUCUUCCAGUCAAAGCUGAGAGAAGUGAAUGAAGCUCAGAAUCGGACUGGAACUCUACUCGCACAUAACUCAACUCGAACUCUACCUCUGCUCGAAUGAACCGAAGCUGAACCUGAUGGAUAUUGUCAGAAACUUCCAAUGCCUGCUUCUUCUGCUUCUUCUUCUUUCCUCUUAAAUAACAACCAAAACAACAAAACAGGAGGAAAAACAAAAAUAUUCAAUCAUUUUUACAUCGUUUAACAACAACUGCUAUACUACAAUUAAGGUUAAUUUAUUAAUUUGUUGAGAGAUUUUCAGUUUUUUGCUGUUGUUGUUGUUGUUGUUGUUUGGGGGUGAUUUUGGCGACUAUACAAUUAUUUUCUUUUUUAUUUUUUGGUUGGAAAGAAAAGGCUAAAGCUUAUGUUGGACCAAGAUGCCACCAAGCUCAGGAGAACUAUGGGGCCUACAUUUGAUGCCUUCACAGAUCGAUGUCGAUUGUCUGUUGCCAACAGGAAUUUUAGUACCUCUUCGUUGUAAUCGCAAUGCCACGCUAGAGAGUAUCAAGACAGACCUCUGGGUAGAGGCAAAGAAAUACCCAUUCCAUACAAAACUCCUAAACCCAACCUCAUAUGUAUUUGUCAGCAUCACACAAGAUGCUGAACAUGAGGAAUUCUUUGAUGAAACUAAAAGACUUUGUGAUUUGAGACUUUUCUUGCCUUGGCUGAAGGUUGUUGAACCCGAGGGUAACAGAGAAGAGAAAAAAUUGAAUUAUGAAAUUGGUAUGGCCGUUGGUAUUCCAAUAAGUGAUUUCAAUGAGAUGAAAGAACUUGAAGUGAUGACAUUCCGUCGUAACAUUCUGGAAGUUUGUAAAGAGGUAGUGGCUUGCCGAGAUGAUAAAGCUGGCCAUAAACGAGCCCUGUACAGUUAUCCCCCUGAAGUGGAAUCUUCCAGAACAAAUCCCAGUCAUGUGCAAAAAAAGUUAAAUAGAGAGUCCAACUAUGUGAUAGUAUGCAUUUGGGUUUUAUCCGACAAUGAUGACCGGCAGAAGUAUUCCGUCAAAGUUCUACACACGGCUACUCCACAGCUCGUGAUUGCAGAAGCAAUUCGCAGGCGAACACGCAGCAUGCAGCUAACAGCUGACCAGCAGCAGUCCUGCAUCCAGCAGUAUACCAAUGCUUAUGUGCUGAAAGUGUGUGGCUGUAACCAAUACUUGCUGGAAGAGUAUUCCCUCAGCCAAUAUAGGUAUAUUCGUGAAUGUAUAGCCCGAGAUAAAAUACCCCAACUAAUGUUGCAGACGAAAGAUUCUGUUUAUUUGGCAAUACCUGAAAAUAUUUUUUGGAUCCCAACAUAUGUACAGAAAGGUGUGCAAGCAUUGAAUGAUAUUACGAAACAAGAAACUAUUCCUAUCUGGACUAUCAAAACUAAACUGCGCAUCAAGAUAAACAGUGCUACUUAUGUCAAUGUGAAAGGAGAAGGCAAGAUUUAUGUGAAAACUGGUCUUUUCCAUGGAACUGAACUAUUGUGUCCAACCAAAGAAACUGAGUGUGUUGACUCUCUAAAUCCCCGCUGGAACCAAUGGCUUGAAUAUGAAAUUCCAGUAUCUGAGAUACCACGAAGUGCUCGACUCUGCCUUUCAAUAUGUUCUGUUGCUAAGCGACGGAAAACCAAAGAGGAGAUAAAUGUCAAAAGCAAAGAAGUUGUUAAAAAGAAGGAAAGGAAAGAAAAGUUCGAUUAUGCUCUGGCCUGGGGUAAUUUGCAAAUGUUUGAUUUCAACCACCGCCUGCUUAGUGAUAAAGUGGGGCUUCAUUUGUGGCCAAUGCCUCAAGGCAUGGAUGAACUUCUCAAUCCUAUAGGAAUACCAGGUUCAAACCCAAACAAAGACUGUCCAAGUCUGGAUAUUGAAUUUGACAAAUUUUCCCAUUCUGUAACGUUUGAUAUGGAAAAAUUUGAUAGAUAUUCCAAACAGAACUCGUACGAUGGUUACGUACAAGAUGGCUAUGUGGAUUAUAUAAAUCCGGAUGCUAAACAGAUGAAACAACUAGAAGAACUAGUCAGCCGAGAUCCUUUAUCUGAACUUUCAGAACAAGAGAUGCUUUUUGUAUGGCAACUAAGAAACCAUUGUGUACUGCUGCCACAUUCCUUACCAAAACUGCUGAAUUCUGUGAAAUGGAAUGAUAGAAGUGAAGUGGCUGAGGUUUACCGACUGUUACAAAAAUGGCCAACUCUUUCACCAGAAGAUGCUCUAGAGUUACUUGAUUGUUCUUAUAUGGAUACGAAUAUUCGGAACUUUGCUGUAGAUUGCUUAGAUAAAGGCUUAACUGAUGAUAAACUCUCCCAAUAUCUUUUACAAAUUGUUCAGGCUAUAAAAUAUGAACCUUACCUGGAUAACCGUUUGACACGGUUUCUGCUGAAGAGAGCUUUAUUGAAUCAAAGGAUUGGACAGUUCUUCUUCUGGCAUUUAAGAUCUGAAAUGCACGAAACGUCUAUUCGUUUACGGUUUGGCUUAAUCUUAGCCUACUGUCGGGGAUGCGGUGCAUUUCUGAAAAACCUUUUGAAACAGUUGGAAGCUCUAGACAAGCUAGCAAAGCUUUCUGAUAAGUUAAAAUCAGAAUUCAUGCGAGAGGAUGAACAGAAACGAUUUCUCACAGACCAGCUUUCCCAAGCUGACUACUUGGAAGCCCUACAGCGUUUUACAUCCCCUCUAAACAGCAGUCACAUGUUAGGUGACAUCCUUGUUCGGCAAUGCUACUUGAAGACAUCAAAAAAACGUCCACUUUGGCUUGUAUGGCAGAAUCCAGAUCCACUUGCAGAUUACUGGCUUUCAUAUUACAAGUUGAUUUUCAAAAAUGGAGAUGAUUUGAGACAAGACAUGCUCACUCUUCAGGUGAUAAGAAUUAUGGAUUCCAUCUGGAAAAAUGAAGGCAUAGAUUUAAGGAUGAUACCAUAUGGUUGUUUGUCGACCGGUAAAGAGAUGGGACUCAUAGAGGUAGUUCCAGCAGCUACUACUGUGAUGGCUAUUCAGCACCGUGGAGGCAAGACCGCAGCAAUGCAGUUGGACAGCUCUCAGCUGCAUAAAUGGAUCAAAGAGCGCAACCAGAAAGAACAAUAUGACAUAGCAAUUGAUACCUUUACAAAAUCCUGUGCUGGGUACUGCGUUGCUACAUUUGUUUUAGGCAUUGGGGACCGACAUUCUGAGAACAUUAUGAUGACUGAAGAAGGACAGGUAUUUCAUAUUGAUUUUGGUCACUUUUUAAAUCAUAAAAAGAAGAAAUUUGGAAUCAACCGUGAGCGAGUGCCUUUUGUUUUGACGGAAGACUUCAUCAAAGUUAUAGCAAAGGGUGCUGACCAACCUCAGAAAAAUGAACUUUUUGAACAGUUUCAACAACUGUGUGGCCAAGCUUAUUUGGCACUUCGCAAACAUGCCAAGCUUUUCAUCACCCUUUUCACACUGAUGCUCUCUUGUGGCAUCCCCGAGUUACAGUCAAUGGAUGACAUAGGAUACCUUCGCAAGACACUGGCUGUGGAGAAAUCUGAGCAGGAAGCUGCCACUUAUUUUCAGGAACAAUUCAAUAAUGCCUAUGGCGGCUCUUGGACAACUAAGCUGGACUGGUUCUUCCAUUACCUGCACAACCGGAAUCGGUGAGAAACAGACACAAUCCCAAACAUAAACACGACCUUGCAAGCAGAGAGAGACAUAUGUUCAUGCAUCAUAUAUAUGCAUAUAUAUAUAUAUGUGUGUAUACAGACACACACUUAUAGUAAAUAAACAUAUGCUGAAAGUGCGUGCGUGUGUGUGUGUAUGUGUGUGCAUGUGUGUGCGUGUGUGUGUGUACAUAUAUGUAUGAUUGCUGUGUGUAAUAUAAAUUACAUAUGUGUGUUGUGUAUGUGUGUGACUAUAUAUGUAUAUAUAUACACACACACAGACAUAUAUAAACAUACACACACACAUCCUGAUAACUUCCCUUUCUCUUUGGUUUUUCACGUUUUUUUCCUCAAUAUUUAAAUUUUUUUUUUUUCCUUAACUUAUCCCACCCAAGUGCUCCAAGACAUCCUCUUUAAUUGCACCAGGACACCAUCAUUAUAAUCAUUAUCAUUGUCACCUACACCUACACCACCACUACCACCACCAUUGUCUGACAGAUUCUUGUCACUUGCCACCACCUUUUUUUCUUCUUCCUCCCACCCAUUCUAUCCGUCUCUGACUUCUUCCAUCUGACCAUCUUCAUUGCUCAUUUCGCCUUGUCAUCUUCAUGCUCUUGUCUUGUACUUUCACUUCUAU